AAUUCCAAAUAACAAAACGAACAAUGCAAAUUUUAUUUAAAUUUUUUAAUGUCCUUCUAAAGUGCUAUAUGGAGAAGCUUGACUGUACCCACUCAAACACGUCACCGGCACACUCCCACUCUCGCACACACUCCCACAUACACACACGCCCACAAGCUCUGGAGAUUUGCACAAGUGCAAAGACUCGAAAAAAAAACAGAAAGAAACGAAAGAGGAAAAUCAAGAGAUUUUUUGUUGCCAGCCUUGACUAGAGCGAAAAAGCCUAAACUAAAGUAAAGUCAGUUAAAUAAUUACUCGGAAAUUGCACAACGAUGUUUGAUUGCAGCCACCGAAAAAAAGGCCAAGAAAAAAACAGAUAAAAAUCCCCACGAACAGCGGUUAAUUGUUUCAUAAUUGUGGAAAUAUAUUCAGCUGAUUAUGCGACAGACGUAGAAUAAAAAAUAAAAUAAUAUUAAUUAUUAUCAGUGAGUGGAGUGACCGUACUGAGUUUUUUUUAUGUUCUUCAAUGCAGGCGAUCCAGUAAUAAGCAGAAAAACAGACAAAUUCGCGGAAAUGGAUUACAUUGUAAAGGCCUACAAAGAUUGGAAGCUGCAUUCGCAGUUCCAAGAGAUCGUGCCCGACAUGGAUGACUCCGAAUUCAUGUUCAACGAGAAGCAAUCGAUCCGGGACUCCGGGCGCACCCUGAAGCGCUACGGGAGCACCUGCUGCAACAGCCUCCGGAACAACGAGACCCUCAUCCGGCACAUCGUUGAGAAGACGGACACGCUGCAGGGCAUCGCCCUCAAGUACGGAUGCACGACGGAGCAAAUAAGACGGGCCAACCGCCUCUUCGCCUCGGACAGCCUGUUCUUGCGUCAGUUUCUCUUGGUUCCGGUGGAGAAGAACUCGCCGUACUAUCCCCAGGUGCCGGGUGACUCGAUAGCCGCCUUCGAUGCCGUUCUGGCCACGCCACCGGGCACUCCGGACGCCAAUGGCCAGCGGGAGGCGCACAACAAUGCCAACAAUCUGAGCGAGAGCAGCAACAGCUUCAUGAAGAGCAACGACAUUAGCAGCAGCAGCAGCAGUAGCAGCAGUGGUAGCAGCAGCAGUUGCAACACAAGUGGCGCCUGUCCAAGUCCUGGAGGAUCGCGUUCCGGCGGCAGCCAACAGCAGCAGCAGCAACAGCCCCCGCAGAGGCCGUACUCCAUCGCCGGGGAGCUGCUGGUGGUGCAGGCCGGAGACGAGGAUCCAGCCAUGAUGCACGGCCACGGCGGAUGCAGCGGAAAGCAGAGCAAGAGCCUGGACUCGGUGGCCGCGAUGACGCCCGAGGAGGAGAACCGGAAAUGCAUGAACGACUUCCUCAACAAGAUCGACAACACCAUUUCCGAGUCGCGCAAAUAUGUGGAGCGCUCCAAGGACCUGGUCAACAGUCAGAGCGAUGCGGACAUCUGCAUCAGUGCCAGCGCCGACUUCUUCCCGCAGCGCCGCCAUCCGCUGAACAACUCCUACAAGACCAACAACAACGACCGUCCUCCGCAGUUUCAGCGGCACAGCUCCACGGGCAGCGGAAACUCCUCGGACACGGCGCACCUGUUGAACACGACGCAGACGCGACGGGUCCAGAAUUCGCUGAAGCGACUGGAGAAGCAGCAGGACGACUUCUUUGAGUUGUAGCACCCGUCUGCGGGUCGGAAUCUAGCCUAAUUACGCUGAGAGUUAAUUUUACAAUUCGUUUUAAUUGCCGCGCAUCGGGGAAGAUGACUUCUGUCAGCAUGUUACAUCACACGGAAACGCCGCACUCUAAAUGUAAUAUAAAUAAUGAUAUAUAUAUCGACACGUAUGCGCGAUACCUUACCUAUACGAUUAAACAUAAAUGUAACUGAGCUAAAACCUAAACUAAGCGCUGCGCUAUGCAAACCUGUAGUACGAUGACAAGGCAGUUCUGUCCCCCAUUCUUCUUUUUUUUUGAUCUUGUGUCAGCCCUGUAUAAUUGCCGCCAAUUUGCUUGCAAGAUCCGAUCUGGUCCGCAUCAAACCGAUCCGGAAGCCUUCUGUACUCCUGUCCUCCGCCCCUCCUGCCCCCCAUUAUGUUUACUUUUUGUAUGACUCUAGCUUUAAUCACACUGUGUAUAAUUUAGUUAUGAGAAUUAUUAAUGUUAAUUGUAUAUAGUCGCCAGAAAACACAACAAUCCCUGGACUGUUCUGACCGCUAACACGAAAUUGGCCAACUGUUGACGUGUAAUUUUAAUUUAUUCUUUAGCUUUCCAAAGUAUUAAACCGCAACUGAAAAUAAAUACCGUUCUAUAAAAAACUGUAACCUCAAUUGUUAAAAACAAGCAUCCACCACAAAAAAACAAUCUAAAUAUCCCAGAAACCUCAAUAUCGAACUGCACUCAUAUCGAGCCAAGUCAUGUUGUACGUGAGAAUGUUUUAUAAAAAUAAAGUGAGAAUUGUGUUGGAACAAAUG